AUGGCGAAAAUAUCGGUAGCUGUGGUGUUGUCCGUGAUGCUACUUGUUUCGAUGAUCUCAAUGGUUGUUUUGGCCGAAGAACAACAACCGACGGUUGGACAGAGGAUAGACACCGCCGUGACCGGCGUCACUAAUGCGUUCAAUGAACACGGCGGUUCAGCAGCCGUAGACACCGUAACUUCCACCGCCAAGUCCUUUUACGGAUGGCUCGGUGAUAAAGCCAAGUAUGUCUACGAUUCUUUAUAA